UGUGUUAAUCGCCAUUUUAUUUUUGCGUGAGAAAGUUAUAGCUACGUUAUCAACAUUUGUAUAAAGUGCCUGAAUCUCUCAUAAAUCUGAUGAAAUACUACUUCAAAAGUGAUUUCUAAAUAGUCUGUUGUUAAAUACAGUGGGAAUAUAGUGAUAGCACAUUAAUAUAUAGUUUCCUGUGACGCUGGAUAUGAUAAAAUUAUGAUUAUAUAGAUCAGUUUGAUACCGCGGGAAGUUUGAUUUAAUUAAUCACCAUGCUAGGAAAACGAAUGCACCAUAAUAGCAAGGGUCGCUUAGCCAGCAAGGGCCAUGACAAUGGUAAGCCUUCAAGCCCUGGAAUUUCACCGUAUAGUAAACCUGCUAAAAUGCCAGGUGCAGUGUCGGGUGGUAAAACUAAAGUUGAAAUGUGCCCUAUUCCAUACAUGAAAAUACAAGACAAUGCUGCUAAUUUGCCACGAUUCACAGCGAUAGCGGCGCGGUCUGCUGACGAACCGAUUGGUAUGGAUGAGCUGGAUGCUCUUCAACUAGAACUGGAGUCUCUACUGAGUAAUACAGCACUACGUGUGAGAUACUUCCAGUCGGAAAUAGAGAGCAUUGAUACUAAUGAAUCUAAGAGAGAAAAGAAGGGCAAAGCUGCUGGGAAACAGUUGCAGUACCCAGUCAAAAGGAAAUUCCCUGAGGAUAAAUUGACAAAGACCAAAGAUUACACUAAGCUCUCUAACCAGCCUAAGGUUCCCAAGUUCAAAAACUUUUCAAAUGCUUCAGGAGCAUCCCAGAAUUACUCAAAUGAUCUUGUUAAUUCUGAUAACUCCGUGAAGCUGGAAUUAUCUCAAUUUGCUUUACCAAAAAAUAAUAUUCCAUAUAAGUUUUGGAACUCUGUAGAUCCAUACUGUGCUCCAGUCACUCUGGAUGAUAUAAAAUUCUUGGAAUCUUUACUGGCUCAGAGCAGUAAUACUACACUACCUCCCAUUCCACCACUUGGCAAACAUUACUCGGAGGUUUGGGCUGAUGAGCAUCUUGCUGAGGAUCAAAAUGCUUCAAACCCCAACAGCAAAACAAACAAAUCUGGAAUGUCUCCUGAAGCUUCAAGUCUUCGCAAAAAAGUUGAAAAGUCAAAUGAUAACAACAUGAUCACAGGUCCCCUGACACAGAGACUCGUAUCAGCUCUCAUGGAGGAAAAUGUAAUGCCAUAUGAAGUACCUGACAUGAAAAUCAAACAGAAUUCCAGCUCAAAGAGCAAUUACAAGAAUUCUCUUACUUUGGAAAAAUGUUUGAGGAAGGAGUUGGUUGAGCAAGGUAUUCUGGACCCUGAAGACUUGCCACCUUUAACUAAUCCAGCAGAUGAUGAAAUAUUAGCAGAAAUUAAGAAAUGUCAGACUGAGUUAACUGCCGUCCGUAAGGAUAACUGCCGUAAUCUCAAGAACCUUAUUGGGUUAUGCAAACAGGAGAUGAUUAGACUGAACUUAAAGAAGCAGUUAGAUCAGGUGGACAUGGAAUGCAUUGAAAUAUAUAAGAAGAUGGUUGCAGCUAAGCAGAAGAAACGACCAAUAACAAAGAAAGAGAAGGAAGAUGCGUGGAGAGCAAUCAAUGAACAGAUCAGGCUCAACAAAGAAAUCAAUGCCUUGCCCUUAACAGGGCCAAAUACAAGUUAAAUAAGGAUAAAUUAUAAUAUACCACAAUUAUUAUUGAAUUUUUGUACAAACAAGCAGCCAAAAGCAGUUUUCUACACUUUCUCAUAUAGUAGCUCUUAUUACUACUCUUAGGUAGGGCACCUUAUUAGUUAAAACAUCCAUGCUGUAAGGACAUUACCACAUUAGUGCUUUUUAUUACAGAUCCUUUUUUUAAUUCUACCAUAGAGUAUGCACAUCCAGAAUUUGAGAUAAAAACAAUAAUAAAUAAUUCUGUGAAUAAACUGUUAUGUUUAAAAAUGUGAAACAAUAAAUAUAAAUGUCAGUUCUUGAAAUUAUUAUUGUUAACAAAUUAACAUUAAUUUACAUUGAUACAAAAUUGUAUUCACUCGUCUGACAAACACUACUAAUUCAACCAGAAAUUGUUCCCAUUACAUAGACAUAAACUAACUUGUAUAAAUAUAUCAUAAUGUACCUAUAAUACCACCUCUGUUGAAUUGUUAUUCUUGUUUACAAUGUCCUGUUUUUUGACUGCUUGUCAGUAUUAUCGAUUGUUUAGAAUAAAUAAAAUAGUACCUAUGUACUAAAAAGUA